AUGUCAGAUUUUAUACCAAACAAAUUUCAAGCAAUUAUUUUGCAACCUGAUCUUGUCCUUGAACAUAAUUUAAAUGAUCUAAUUGUACAUUGUCAAGAUGUUGAAGAAUUAAAAUCAAUAAUAACAAAAAAUCCUUUAUCAAUUAAAAUCUUAGCAUGUACUCCAGAAUUUCUUCUUGAUAUAUCAUCAUUAUUACCAACUCUGAAUCUUGUUGAAUUAUAUCUUAUUAGUAAUAAAACAGAUGUAAUGUUGCCUAUUGAAUUAAUGGAAAUGGACAAUAAUUUUGAUUUCAUUCAAGUUCAUAAUCAAAAACAAUUAAUGCGAUAUGUAUGUGGAAAAAUUACAGAAUGUUUUUAUGCCCAAUCAGCUAUAUAUGCUGGUGAUGAUGAAAAUAGUUUACAUAAUUCAUGUUUACUUGUUGCUCGUGAUGCACUUGUUCAAAUGAAAGAAUUUGUUUGA